AUGGCGAGUUUCUUGGAAGCAGAAGACGGAGACGGUGUCUUCCCCGGGGCUCGGCAGACGCGGUACCUGUCAGGAGCGCCGUCUCCUUACGGCAAGCGUUGCUUGGUUCACUCCUGUCCGCUGCAGUAUGCCAGAAGACAUUCCCCCAGUACAACUAACGUGUCUGACUCCAGGUUGAGUGUCAGUACAUCAAGCGCAUCACGAAAACGCUCUGGACCUUCAGGCAGUUGCUCCACUGAUAGUUUCAGGAGCCUUAGUCAUUCCCAGCAGUAUCAAGGACGUAAAUCCAAAGUACAGAGUGGCGAUCUUCUAGACAGGCACUCUGUAUUCUUUACUGAUAGCCGAAAACCUUUCACUCCACGCACCUUAAUAUCAGAUGCAAAGUCUUACCUGUUGGAGUACAGGUAUUACCGUCCUGCUCAAAGGAAGAAGAAAAACCACCACAAGCAGCACGCGGAAGCUCAGACGCAGACUGAUGCACUCAGCUUCCCACCUGCAGACAGAGCAUCUGAGAGAAAAGUUAUGACUGAACAGGAGAUCACACUGAAGGCAGAAGAUAGAAGGUAUGCUGUGGAUGAGCCUGAGAGAGGAACACCUGCUUUUCCAUCCUCCUUCCUAAGUGAGACAUCGUUGUAUUCUCAGCAGUCUUCAGCAAGGAGCACUGUCGAGACUGAAGAAGAAGAGCUUUUAUAUUUAGCUUUCAUUGAAGAUGUAACAAACCAAAUUCUUAGCCUUGGGCUGUUUUCUAACAGGGUUCUGGAACAUCUGUUUGAGUGUCAUAUACAAGAAAAUAAGAACCGUUUGGAUGAGGGCAAAAUGCGCCACUUGCUGGAUAUACUGAAGGCAGACCUGGGCUGCAGCAGCGCGCAGCAAGCACACGCAGACUGGGAAGGCUGUGAAUCGCGGGAUCUGCAGGAGUUUGGCACGAUGGAAGAGCUUGAGUUCACCAGCGUAAGUCAGAGCCAAGGAAAAGCCACAACCAGCGAAGAAUCCCUUUGGACCACGGACUUACCGUUAAAGGAACCAAACAAAUGUGAAUCACGGGUGUGCAGGGAAAGUCCCAAGGAGACGCAGAGCAGGGAUGACUUUUUGGAAGAUGUGGCUGAAGCGGUAGGUGCUGGGACAGAGCCCGACUCUUGUGUGAAAUCUGAAGACCCAGCUGCUUCAACCUCACCUCAGGCAACUUUAACCUUGACAGCUUAUGACUGUGAUUUGGAAGCCAGCAAGGUACGUGAUGACCUUGAGGAAAGCUUUGCAGAGGCCCUUCAGGUCUCUCACAGCUAUUCACAGCAGUAG